UCUUCACUGGGAAAUAAAGCAGCAGGCAAAAGACGUAGCACGCCGCCUAUAGAAGCACAGCAACCACUAACUUCCACCGUUGUUCAUCUCCGGUGCCUGUCUUUUUCCUUGUAGCUCACCCAAAAUAUCUCGCUGGGAACUCCUGGUGAAGACUUCCUUUUAGCAUAAGUCAUGGUGGGCUGGCACCGACAUGUGCAGUCUAUACUCCGACAAGUCGGAAAAAGAUUGGAAAACAGCUGUCAUGCUCAUGCCAACUUUUCCAGUUCUUCAUUGAAGUUCUCUCCAGUUCAAGGUUUGCCACCUCAUUUACAGGUCCUCUGGGUUCCAUCUUCUACGAAUGUCUCAAGACCUUCGUAUCAUCACUUCCAGCAGUUGGGAUUUACUAGUACAAGAAGAUUACUUUCAUCUGAAGCAACCCCAGGUCCAUCUCCCUUGACACCAACAUUGGCUAUAGGCAGCGGACAAGCUGAAGCUGAGAAAGCUGUCUCCAAACCUUCAAAAGUCCAAGCAAUUCUCAAAAACAUAAAACAGAGCCCGAAGAAGGUGAACUUGGUUGCAGCAUUGGUUCGUGGCAUGCGCGUUGAGGAUGCAUUAUUGCAGUUGCAAUUGACAGUGAAACGUGCAUCCAAAACUGUCUACCAGGUUAUCCAUUCUGCCCGGGCAAAUGCUACACACAAUUAUGCAUUUGAUGGAGAUCGCCUUAUUGUUGCCGAAGCAUUCGUUGGCAAGGGAUUCUUCAAGAAGCGGGUCUCAUAUCAUUCCAAAGGAAGAAGUGGAGUACGAGUGAGACCCGAGUGUCGGCUGACAGUUGUUCUAAGGGAAAUAACCCCAGAAGAGGAAGCCGAAAUAGCUAGACUAAAAGUCAACAAUUUCGCAAAACUCACUAAGCGGGAAAGGCGUCUUGUCCCACAUAAGCUUAUCGAAACAACCCCGAUCUGGAACCGCAAAGGGAAACCCAGAAAUCAUGGAGAUGAUGCAGCUGCUAUGGCAGCAUGAGAUUAAGACUAUUCCCAGAAAGAAUAACAUCUUAGGACCUGAAAACAUUAACGUUUAUUUAGUUUAUGAAAACUGAGAUUUCUGCUUUUUGAUGUUUUGAAUCCUUUGAUGCUGUGGCAAUGGUGAUGAGUUGGUGACGCUGUAAAAACAAAAUGUUUUAUAGUGGCCAAAAUGAGAAAUUUAGAACUGUGGGGUCGAAUUUGAAU